AUGAACCGAUACUGCCGGCUGAGGGGGGGAAGCGGGGGGUCUGGAGGCCGCGAAGAUCGGCGCGGAGAGAGAGCGGCGGGAGGCGUAGGGAGUCAAGGCGCCCCGCCUGCGCAAGCGACCGAGGCCGCGGUCGUUGGGCCCCCCCAUCGGGCGCGUAAAGCUCCAGGCGUCUCCGACGCCGCGCAGCAGCAGCAAGCUCUGGAGCAGCAGAUGCUCCAGCGCCUGCCGCAGGCGGAGGCAGUUGCGCAGCUUCAGGACGUCGCCCGCGACCUCGCCCUCCUCGAGGACUCCCUCCGCAGUCUGCUCAACGACAGUGCGCCGGGUCACGAGGCGCAGCAUGACCAACUGGUGCACUUUCGGGGGCGCGUGGCGCGCCGAAUCAGCCGGUACGCGCUGUUGGUGCGGAAAUCGCAAGGUCUCGUCGAGCGGCUUCUCGAUCUGCAGGAGCAGCAACUUCGCCUGCUCCAAUCGAACCGCGGAAACGGCGCAGGGGGCGGCGCGGAGGCCCUCUCCUCGGGUACACUCUCGUCUUCAGCCCCUCUCGCGUCCCUCUCCUCGCUCUCGCCUUCGCUCACGUCCUCUCUGGCGGACGUCGCGGGCGCCGCUGAGGCCGUGCAGGCCCAGCGCGAGCAGCUGCUGCAGCUCCAGCAGCGCCACCAGCACAACUUGCAAACUUUCAAGUCGCAGCUGUCAGCCUGGUGGCAGCGCACCGAGCGCCACUUCCACACGAUGCGCAUGGCCAACUACGUAAACGCCCUCGAGGCAACUGAAAACGCCGCGGCGAACGCCUCCGCCGCGGAGAACGCAGCCGCCGCGCUUUCCUCGUCUCGGGGCGCCUCGGCGGCGACUUCCUUCCCCCCGUCUUCGUUUUCUUCGUCAUACGCGGCUUCGUUUUCUCUUUCCAGCGCACAGCCCGGAGCCUCGCGGCCGAACGUUGGGUCCGUUUACUCGGCGCUACAUGCACAUGCAGUUAGGAAGCCAGGCGAGGUUCCUGCGGGCGUCGCGCCGCCUGAGAGCGCGUCGAAUGUCCCUGCCUUCUCGGCGUCUUCGAGCGGGAAUUUCGCAAAGCCCGCGUUCACGUCUGGUUCGCACGCAGGUGCCGACGCGCGCGCAGAAGAGGCACAGCUCCACGAGCGAGAAAACGCGAGGGAGGGCAACGCCCCGGUGCGAGGCGAAGGGCAGGGCGACAAGCGACAAGACAAUGAAGGCACGAGGCUCGUCAAAGGCACGGGGCGAGGCUUGGAGACCGAGAGGGAGACACUCGAGAGACGAGAAGAAGAGGACGACGACGCGAAGGAACGCGGAGGAAGCCAACAGACCCAGCAACUGAGAGAGACGCGAAACGCCAUGGCGGAAGAACUCCAGCGCAUGCAGGAGACUCAACGCCAACUUCAAAAAUCUUCCGGCGCUAUCGAACAAACAGAAACGACCUACAACGUUUUCGGAGAUCGUCUGGCCUCGGCGAAGGGCAUUCUUUCGACUUUGAAGAAGAGGGCUGAAACUGAUUCACAGCUUAUUUGGCUCGCGUUCCUCUUCUUCCUCGGCUGCUGCGCCUUCGUCGUGCUGAGGCGCCUUGGAAUUCUGCGGCUGAUAAUCUCGUUGACGGCUGGCGACUGGGCGGCGCGUCUUUUUCUGUCUUCAGACGUGUUGCCUCGCAUGCAGCCUCUUGUCGGGGCUCCUUUCGACUUUGCUUUCGAAUCCUGGAGCUGCAUAUUUGCGCUUCCAAGAAGCCCUUCUCUCGCCGUCUUCCUUCUACCCCCCCCGCUCUCUUCAACCGACCCCUCCGUUCCCCCGCCGUUCUCCGCCGACCCCGUCCCAACGAUCCUGCCUGAAGACUUCGAAACAGACUUUGCUCCGCGGCCCCACCCGCCGGAGGGCGACGACCUGCCGCCCUUUCCUCCCUCUCUUUCCUUCUCUGCGUCGAGGCUGGACGAUGAUGACGCUGACGCGGCGUCUCCCUCGUAUGAGGCGGCUCCUGGUGCGCCGUCAGACGGAGCCACGGUCGUCCGCUCUCACCAGGCCUCGCACUCUGCGCCGAGUUCACGGGGCGCCUCUGCGGCCCCGCGCCCGUCCUCGCCUUACGCGUCUGCUCCCAAUCCGCACGCGGCUGCUGCACGCGCCCAGCGCCGGCCGCGCCCCUCGAAUGCAGAGUUUUCAGCUCCGCCUCCACCUUCGUCCGCCUCUGCGGCGGCGGCGCGCCCUGUCCCGUUGGCUCGCAGGACGGCGACCCACUCGGCGCAUCCGUCUGCCUCCUCCGCUGCGUCGGCUUCUCAAAAUGCUUCGCCUGCGGCCGCGGACGCGUGCUCCGCCACCGCGUCUCUUCCUUCAGGAACCGGGCGUCGCUUUGCACCUUCGCCAGCGCGAGACAUACGAGGAACGGGACGGCCGCUCGCCGACCGCUCUCCGGCGUCAGUCAGGAGCGCCGCAGCGUCUCCCUCGUCUCGCCCUUCGGCGCCUUCUGUUCGUCCGGAUGGAGGGCGUGCCUCGAGGGAAGAGCUUUCAGCGGGAGAUUCGGAAGCGCCAGCGGACAGAGGAAACGCGCAGGCGCCACCAGCGCGCAAAGACCCGCAGGCGAGGCAGGGGGAACAGACGAACGCAGCUCAGGCACCGGAGGCUGGGGACGCGCAGGCAGAAGGCGCUCAGGAGGACGCGCAAGGAAGCGAAGCGGAACGCGGAGAAGCAGAAAGAACGCGACACCAAGAGGCAGGCUUUGCGAGAGACGACGAGGCGACGAACAGACGGGAGGCCACAGGAACCGAACCCUGGCCUCUGGAAGACACGCAAAUCGCAGAGAACUGGGAACACAAUCUGGAAAGCAGUGUAGAGAGGCAAGGCAAGGACGCAGUUUUCCAGGGGGGCACGGGAAGCGGUGACCGGGCGCGGGAGGCAGGCAGCCCCGGGGCAGAGGCGCCGGCACGCUUGGGCGAUCCAAAGACUCCAGCCUCGCGCGACCGCGAGAACCGGCCCCUAAAACUCGACCGCGCUGCAGACACGCCUGGCGAUGUGCGAAACAAGAAAACAGGAAAUGGCGUCUCGUCGACAGCCAGAGGAAACGCACGUCGCCCUCACCUGCAGCCGACUCCAGGCUCUGCGCCACGCGCAAGCCGUCGCAUGCAGUGA